CAGUUAGUCGCCUCACUUUCUCCCCGGCGGCCGUCGUCUUGUUCAAAACCUUUGAAAAAGAUGACUACUUUGCUAUCUCUUUCCCGGCGCCGGAACUCCUACUAUCUCCUCACCCAUCCCCGACUCCUCCGUAGAUUCUCCGCCGAUGCUGACCCACCUCCCGGAAUCAAACCGGAAAGCCAAGAAUCCGCAGAAGUCCGGUUAUUAGAGAAUCUCCGUAAAAUCCCACAGCAGGAUUGGGCGUCAAGCGAGACGCUUUCUUCUCUCCUCGUAUCUUCCUCUAUACCUCCUCCAGCAUUAUCUCAAAUCACCCGCCGUCUCGGAUCCUACUCUCUAGCAGCCUCGUUCUUACACUACCUCCUCGACGCCGCGAAAUCUCAGUCUCUGAACCACCGCCGCGAAGAGUCUCUCUCGUUAGUGUUUCAAUCGGUCGUCGAAUUCGCCGGUAGCGAACCCGACUCGAAGGACAAGCUUCUCAGUCUCUACGAGACCGCCAAAGAGAAAAACGUCCCUCUCACCGUCGUCGCCGCUAAGCUUCUCAUCCGAUGGUUUUCACGUAUGGGUAUGGUGAACCAGUCCGUUCUCGUCUACGAACGGCUCGAUUCGAGUGUGAAGAACACGCAGGUUCGUAACGUUUUGAUCGAUGUUUUGUUCAGAAACGGGAGAGCGGGUGAUGCAUUCAAGGUGCUCGACGAAAUGCUUUGCGAAGGAUCUUCGGUCUUUCGUCCUAAUAGAAUCACUGCUGAUAUUGUUUUCCAUGAGGUUUGGAGGGGAAGAGUUUUGAAGGAAGAUGAGAUUGUUGGGUUGAUUUCGAGGUUUGGUUCUCACGGUGUAGCUCCAAACUGUGUUUGGUUGACUCGGUUUAUAACUAGUCUAUGCAGAAAUGCUCGGAGGACCGAUGUAGCGUGGGAGGUUUUGAGCGGUCUGAUGAAGAACAGAGCUCCGCUUCAGGCUCCUUCUUUCAAUGCGUUGUUGACGGUCUUGGGAAGGAACAUGGAGAUUAGUAGAAUGAAUGAUGUGGUUGUGAAGAUGGACGAGAUGAAGAUUCGGCCUGAUGUAGUGACGUUAGGGAUUCUAAUUAACACUCUGUGCAAGUCAAGGAGGGUUGAUGAAGCUCUCGAAGUUUUUCAGGAAAUGUGUGGGAAGAGAAGUGAUGAUGGGGAUGUGAUUAAAGCUGAUUCUAUUCAUUUUAAUACUCUCAUAGAUGGGUUGUGUAAGGUGGGGAGGAUGAAGGAAGCUGAGGAGCUGUUGGUGAAGAUGAAAACGGAAGAGAGCUGUGCGGCGACUACGGUUACUUACAAUUGCUUGGUUGGUGGGUAUUGCAUAGCGGGACAGCUUGAGACGGCUAAAGAAGUUGUGUCUCGGAUGAAGGAGGAUGGGAUUAAACCCAAUGUGGUCACUCUCAAUACGCUUGUCGGUGGGAUGUGCAGGCACCAUGGAGUGAACAUGGCGAUUGCUUUCUUUACGGAUAUGCAAAGGGAAGGGUUGAAAGGGAACGUGGUUACUUACACGACGUUGAUCCAUGCUUACUGCAGCGUCGGUAACGUUGAAAACGCUAUGGGAUUGUUUGACCAAAUGUUGGAAGCUGGUUGUUCUCCUGAUGCGAAGAUCUAUUACGCUUUGAUAUCUGGACUGUGCCAAGCUAGAAGAGAUCAUGACGCGGUUAGAGUGGUGGAGAAGCUGAAACAGUCAGGGUUCUCUCUUGAUUUGCUGGCUUACAACAUGCUUAUUGGGCUGUUUUGUGAUAAGAACAACGGAGAGAAAGUGUAUGAGAUGCUAACGGAUAUGGAGGAAGCAAAGAUGAAACCAGAUUCCAUCACUUACAACACAUUGGUGUCAUUUUUCUGUAAACUCAAGGACUUUGAGAGUGUUCAGAAAAUGAUGGAGAAUAUGAGAGAAGACGGAUUGCAUCCUACUGUUGUGACGUAUGGAGUGAUCAUCGAAGCUUACUGCUCGGCUGGGGAUGUAAGCGAAGCGUUGAAGCUGUUCAACGACAUGGGUUCACGCUCAAAGGUCAGCCCGAACACCGUGAUAUACAACAUUCUCAUAAACGCGUUUUGCAAAGUGGGGAACCUCGGACAAGCUAUGUCUCUGAAAGAGGAUAUGAAGGAGAAGAUGGUGAGACCGAAUGUGGAAACUUACAAUGCAUUGUUUAAGAGUCUUAAUGAGGUGCACCAGAAAGAGACGUUGUUUAAACUAAUGAACGAGAUGAACCAGUCUUCAUGUGAAGCGAAUCAGACCACCGUGGAGAUUUUAAUGGAGCGUCUUACUAGCUCUGAUGAUUUGAUUAAGCUUAAACAGUUUAUGCAAGGUUACACUGUUGGUUAUCAGGUCGAGAAAAACUUCACUUUUCCAUGUCUUUAGUUUGUGAUGAUUUGGUUUUUGUAUCAUCUACCUCUAUUCUUCUUCGCUGCUCUUUUAUAGAAUACAGGAUGGCUCCCUAUGCUAGAUUUAUUGUUCAAGUUUUUUAAGCCUUUCUUAUU